GGAAUAAUUUCAGUAGGAUUGACACCAGCUCUUCUUUAUAUAUCUGGUAGAAUUUGGCUAUGAAUCCAUCUGGUCCAAGGCUUUUUCUGGGGCUCUGCAGUUCCUAGAGGCAAGGAAGAAGAGCCACCAGUCAAGUAGGUUAUCAGCACCUCCAACUCCAACAUCUUCAAAGCAGCAGCUGGGAAGAAAAACAAUCCUUCCAACAACAUAUAUUCAGACACAUAUGGUCAACCUCAUGAAGCUGUGGAUACUCAUGCUUAUGACAUUCUUCUGUAUGGUGCUACUGUCUGUGCUGGGAGAAAUGAAGAAGAAAAAAUAUUCCAGGAAGGAAUUGUUACUUGAAGAGUGCUGGGGAAACCCAAAGGUCAAAGAAUGUACCAAGAAGUGUUCUAAAGCCUUUAGAUGUAAAGACACAAAUUACACAUGCUGCUGGACCUAUUGUGGAAACAUCUGCUGGAUAAACGUCAAAACCGAUGAAUAUUACUAAAACCCUAGCUUCCCACCAGGCUGCCACCUGUGUGGGCAGGAAAUGUUUAAGAGGUCUCAUAGUAGUACCGUGUGGCUACUUUUAGGAACACCAGUCUAUUUUUACUGACAGCUGGACAAGAGCAAACACUUGACGAAUAAACUCAUUUACCAGUA